AUGUAUCAUCAAAAUUAUUUUGACAAUAUCGAUAAUAAUAACCAAAAUUACAAUAAUCAAAAUCUUGUUCCUCAUUCAAGUGCUAAUAAUCAAUAUUCGAGCCCAAAUCAAAACUCCAGAGACAACAAUUUUAUUCAUUUAAACACUGGUGACUAUAAUUUCAUUAACCAAAAUGCUGGCUACGAUAAUUACCUUAAUCGAAAUGCAGGUUUUAAUAAUUAUAUUUAUCACAACCCUGGUGGCGAUAAUCAAAGUUCCGUUGUCAAUAAUUUAACUCGUCAAAACAGUCACGAUACUUUCGAAAAUAACUACCCUGGUCAAAUUUCCAUCACUGAUCAAAAUAAGUUUGUCGGCUGCAACACUGUCAUUCCAAUGGGUACUUCUAGCAAUAAUGGUUUCAUUGACCAAAAGAACUUUAUUGUUCCAACUGGUGUUAUCGCUAGUGAUAUUAAUACAAUUGGUAAUCCGCAUCAGAAUUCAUUUGGCGCAACUAGCAUUAUAAAUAAUAACAACAACGGCUUUGUUGACAAGUAUCCAACUAAUACAAUUGGCAAUGCUUGUCAGAAUUCAUUUAACCCAAUUAGCAUUAUCAAUUAUGAUAUUAUUGGUAACCAGAAUAUAACUAAUGCCAUGGGGAUUAAUUGUAUGAAUACUUUUUUUGACAAUAAUAAUUAUUAUUUCAAUCAUCGUCAUCAAAAUUCCGUCGCAAAUAAUUUUGUUGAUCAACAUUUCAAUAAUAUGACCAGAGAUGAACAACUAAGUUACAUCACUUUUCUACUUCAAAACAUCAAGUCUAAAUAA